GUUAGUUUACGCUAGUUUGUACGGUGAUCAGCUUUAGAAGAAAAGGAAGAAGUCGAAACGGAUUUGCAAUUGUAAGGAAGAAGGGCACUAUAAGAUUUUUGAGCUGCUGCAAAGACCAGCUGCUACAAGAAGUUAGUGGAACUUAUUUAGUUCAUCCGAACAAACUCAAAAAUCUUAUAUUGAGUUACGGAUACCCUCACCACAAUGAGCGAAUCCAAGAUGGACUUCACCACGACACCCUGCGAAGCUUGUGGAGAACUUUCAACGCAGGACGAGGAGAUGAUCGGGUGUGACAGCUGCGAGCAUUGGUUCCACUCGCGCUGCGUGGAAGUUACGGCGGCGGCAAAGAAGGACAAGAAAUGGUUCUGUCCGGAAGGUGUCUGCCAAGCGGUUUCCCAAGCAUAUCAGAAGCAGAAGAAAAGUUCCCGUUCAAGAAAGGCCCCAGAAGAUUCGGAUCGGGCAAGUGUGAAAUCCAACGAGCCUCUAUUACCGGCCUUGCCUUCGUCUGUGGAAGAAAGGAUCCGAGCCAUGGAUGCGGAGAAGAAGCGCCUGGAAGAGGAAAUGGACGCAGAGCGUGUGAUACGCGAGAAGGAGUUGGAGAUCAAGAAUGCUUUGAAGGAACGAAGAAUGGUCAUGGAGCGCGAGCUGCGAGAAAAGGAGCUACAACAGGAUCGAGAGCUUCGCGAGAAGGAGAUUGAAGAGAAGAACCUUCACUUCCAAAGGGAGCUGCAGGAGAAGAAGGAACAUCUAAGCCGCGUUCUAAUGAUGGAGAAAGCCCAUCAGGAACAGAUGUAUUCUGUGGAACGGAAGUUGAAGGAAGCGGAGACAGACAAUGUUAACCUGAAGCUGUAUGCACAGAAAUCCGAAGACGUCGAAGAUAAUAAUUCAGAAAGUAGUGAAAGCGAUGCGGAAAAUGAAAGGGAAAGCAACGUGACAACCCCAAACGGGCUGGAGCAGCCGCGACAAGGACCGAGCAAGGCUCAAUUGGCCGCUAGGAGCGGAUUAACCAAAAAGCUUCCCAAUUUCUCCGGGAAACCCGAAGAGUGGCCGCUCUUCUUCGGAGCUUAUCAGGCGUCCAACGAAGCUUGCGGAUAUUCAGACGUGGAGAACUUGGUGAGACUUCAAGACUGCUUGAAGGGACCGGCGCUUGAAUCGGUUCGUGGCCAACUUAUCUUCCCAAAAUCUGUUCCACGCAUAAUCGCAAAGCUACGUCAGUUUAACGGAUGUCCGGAGCAGGUACUGCAGAACCAUCUGGGAAGGGCUCGCAAACUGGAACCACCCAGGGCCGACGAACUGGCUAGUUUCAUAUCGUUCGGAAACGCUGCGGAACAGUUGUGCGAUCACUUGGAAGCAGCAGAUCUCACUCUCCACUUUAAACGGCAUUGGGUCCACUACAAGCGGAAGAAGAACGCAGCGACACUUCGAACGUUUACCGAUUUUCUGUCGGGCAUUUUCUGCGAAGCGAACGUCAACAUCGAGUAUAAGUCGGACACGAAAGUGGUAGUAGGAGUAGGCGGAAGAAAUAGACCGAAGGAAAAAGCGGCGGUGUACAGUCAUAGUGAGGUGAUGUCUUCCGGUGUAAACGAGACCUACAGGAAGCAGCAGAAGCCAUGCAAGGUAUGUCAGCGCUCGGACCAUCGACUGCGGUUCUGUCAGGACUUCAAGGACUUAUCCCAUGCAGAUCGGAUGAAGGUCGUUGCCAGGUGGAAACUAUGUCAGGUUUGUCUUAAUGAUCAUUGGGGUCAGUGUCGCUUUAAGAUUCGAUGCAAUGUAGGUGACUGUAGGGAACCUCAUAAUCCUUUAAUUCACCCAGUUGAGGGCGUAGUGGGCAUGAGCGCGCACAUUAGGUCGGGUCAGUCAGUUAUCUUCCGAAUGGUUCCAGUAAAGGUGCAUUCUGGGGGAAGGUCGAUAACAGUCCUCGCAUUCCUAGAUGAAGGUGCCUCAGUAACCUUGAUCGACAGCAAGCUUGCUGAUCGUUUGGGGCUUGUAGGUGUUCAAGAGAAGCUCACUAUUAAGUGGACAGCUGACGUUUCAAGGGUAGAGAAAAGUUCUCGGCGUAUGAAUGUUUGGAUUUCGGCAGUGAGUCCGCCGGGUAAUGCGAAGAUGUUGCUCCAAACGGUUCACACAGUCGAGAAGCUGAUGCUGCCUCAUCAAGCGUUGAAUGCUGAAGAGCUGGCGAUGGAGUAUGAACACAUACGGGUCUUGGAAGUCACAUCGUACGACGGUCGUCCAGGAAUCCUAAUAGGAGCAAACAACAUCCACUCCUUUGCUCCGAUGGAGGCAAAGAUUGGCACAACAAUCGAGCCGAUUGCUGUCCGCUGCAAGCUUGGUUGGACCGUGUAUGGGCCAAGACAUACCGACUCGACACUGAGAGGGAGCUAUUUGGGAUAUCACCAGAACGUGUCAAACGAGGAAAUCCACGAGCUACUGAAGAACCACUAUGCAUUAGAGGAAUCGGUAGUAAGUGUGCAGCAGGAGUCGCUUGAGGACAAGCGGGCUCGGUCGAUAAUGGAGCGGACUACAAGACGACUUAGUGGUCGAUUUGAGACGGGACUUCUCUGGAAGACGGAUGAGAUUCACUUCCCGGAUAGUUAUCCAAUGGCCCUGAAGCGAGCGACACAUUUGGAGAGAAGGCUGGAAAGGAAGCCGGAAUUAUACCAAAAGGUUCGGAAUCAGAUCCAGGACUAUUUGGAUAAAGGCACAUCUGGCGACGGAGGAGGAGAUAGCCAAUACACAGAGCGACAAGGUUUGGUAUCUUCCUCUGAACGUCGUUCUCAACCCGAAGAAACCCGGGAAGUGUCGGUGAUUAUCGGUUUCCGGGAACGAAGGAUUGCUUUCGGCGGGGACUUCCGAGAGAUGUAUCACCAGCUGAAGAUAGUUUUGGAAGACAAGCAAGCACAGCGCUUCCUCUUCAGAAACAGCAGCAGUGAGUCAGCGCAAAUUUACGUGAUGGACGUCGCCACGUUUGGUUCUACGUGCUCUCCAGCAUCAGCGCAGUACGUAAAGAAUCGGAACGCGGAGGAGUACGCAACUCAAUUUCUAGAGGCGGUUGCAGCAAUCAUUCAUCGACAUUAUGUCGAUGAUUAUUUUUACAGCGUUGACACGGUCGCAGAAGCGCUAAAACGAGCGCAACAAGUGAGCUUCGUUCACAAGCAAGCUGGUUUCGAGAUUCGGAACUGGGUUUCGAACUCAGUGGAAGUACUUUCAGGCCUUGGAGAAGAUAAACCCAUGGAGCCGGUUCUAUUCAACCAGGAUAAGCAGUUGGACAGCGAGCGCGUGCUUGGAAUUACAUGGGAUCCAGAAAUAGACGUGUUUGCGUUCACAAUAAUGCACCGGGAGAGUGUCAGAGCGUAUUUGUACGAUAGUAAGCGGCCAACGAAGCGAAUAGUUUUGAGUUGCGUGAUGGGAUUUUUUGAUCCACUUGGUUUGCUAUCGCCAUUCACUGUUCACGGUAAAAUAAUAAUUCAGCAAUUGUGGCGAAGCGGUUGCGAAUGGGAUCAACAGAUUGGCGACGAGGAGUGGUGCAAGUGGAAGCAGUGGACGGAUCUCCUCCCGGAGGUAGAAGCCCUUCAAAUACCACGGUGCUAUCUUGGUGACACAAUAUCGUCGUCGGUGGAGUCUCUCGAGUCGCACAUCUUUACGGAUGCGAGCGAGCACGCCUACGGAUGUGUUGCUUACCUGAGAGCGAUCGUGAAUGGGCAGAUCCAUUGCAGUCUGGUUAUGUCCCGAGCGAAGGUAGCGCCACUAGAGUUGAUGGCCGCAGUGCUUGGGGCGAGGCUGAGUCAAACCAUUCUAAGCUCACACUCUCUGCGGAUCACUAAAACUGUGCUGUGGACCGACUCAAGAACCGUAUUAUCCUGGCUGCGUUCUGAUUCAUAUAAGUAUAAGCAGUUCGUAGCAUUCAGAGUGGGUGAAAUUUUGGAAUUGACGCGGUUGAUGGAUUGGCGGUGGAUCCCGUCGAAGCAAAACAUUGCGGAUGUCCUCACCAAGUGGGGUCAAGGUCCUCCACUACAAAACGACUCGGAGUGGAAGAAUGGACCACAAAUUCUCUACCAACCGGAGGAAUUCUGGCCUUCUACAGGGCCGAUUGAUGCAACUGGAGAAGAGGCGCGAGGAAUGAUGCAGUUUCAUGCUGUGGUGGAUGCCGAAUCGGUGUCUCGAUGGGCAAAGCUGGUUAGGAUCACUGCAACAGUGCUGCGUUUCAUUGCCAACUGUCAGCGAAAGAAGAAUGGGCUACCAAUAAUGACAUUGAAAGCCACAUAG